CCAUUGGCAGAGAGGACCGGAAGUGGUGCGGCGUAAUGCUGAACCCGGAAGUGCUUUCUGAGCUUCGUUUUGAAUGAAAUCCGGCUGAUUCACGGUGCUGAGCAGUGAGAGGAAGAGCUGGGAAUUAUUAUCUUUCAUCGGGGACUGAGCUUCCAGGAACAUGGAUCGACUCCUAAGGCUUGGUGGUGGCAUGCCUGGACUUGGGCAGGGGCCCCCUACCGAUGCUCCUGCAGUGGACACCGCUGAACAGGUGUAUAUUUCUUCAUUGGCUUUGCUGAAGAUGCUAAAGCACGGCCGGGCUGGUGUCCCAAUGGAAGUCAUGGGUCUGAUGCUGGGAGAGUUUGUGGAUGACUACACAGUCAGAGUUAUUGAUGUAUUCGCCAUGCCGCAGUCUGGAACCGGUGUUAGUGUGGAGGCUGUGGACCCAGUGUUCCAGGCUAAAAUGUUGGACAUGUUGAAGCAAACUGGAAGGCCUGAGAUGGUGGUGGGUUGGUACCACAGUCAUCCCGGCUUUGGCUGCUGGCUCUCCGGUGUUGACAUAAACACCCAGCAAAGCUUCGAAGCCUUAUCGGAGAGAGCUGUGGCGGUGGUUGUGGAUCCUAUUCAGAGUGUAAAGGGAAAGGUUGUUAUCGACGCCUUCAGACUAAUCAAUGCCAACAUGAUGGUUUUGGGACAUGAACCAAGGCAAACCACGUCCAAUCUUGGUCACUUAAACAAGCCGUCUAUUCAGGCACUGAUUCAUGGACUUAACCGGCAUUACUACUCUAUAACCAUUAACUACAGGAAAAAUGAACUGGAACAAAAGAUGCUGUUGAAUUUACAUAAAAAGAGUUGGAUGGAAGGUUUGACACUUCAAGACUACAGUGAACACUGUAAGCUCAAUGAGACCGUGGUGAAGGAGAUGUUGGAGCUUGCAAAAAAUUACAAUAAGGCUGUAGAAGAAGAAGAUAAGAUGACACCUGAGCAACUUGCUAUAAAAAAUGUUGGGAAACAGGAUCCCAAACGUCAUUUGGAAGAACAUGUGGACGUUUUGAUGACCUCAAAUAUUGUUCAAUGUUUAGCAGCCAUGUUGGAUACCGUUGUAUUUAAAUAAUGGAUGACUUGUGUGCGUCUUUUGGUUUUGUAACUGGGUUAUGUAUAGAAGCAGCAGUUGCCCUCCCUGGACAGUUUGUUCUCUCACAAUACUCUAUAAACUGCAAUAAGGUUAUUUUGGUAUAUUAUUAUUUUUUUUGUACUACAUUUAAUUGGGUCAUUAAAGAUAUGAAAUGAGCCUGUUCUGGUGAAACCCUUUUUAUAUAUAUAUAUAUAUAUAUAUAUAUAUAUAUAAUUGGUUAUAGGAACUAUUAUGCUACAAUUCAAAUGAAGCCUUGAUAUUAUCUUAUUAUCUGUGUGAUCAGUUACAUGCGCUGCUUGUAGGUGCAUGGUCUCUUCUGUCGGAGAUAGAGGUAACUCUCGUUCUGUAGCACAAACUGGGUUAUAGGUGACUCAUAGACUUCCAAUAACAUGAUCUGUCGCUUUAAAUGGGGGACAUCUGGCAUGGCUGGCGACCUGGGAACAGGCUGGUAACACCUCUCAGCCUCUGCUGUGCAAUUACUUCUGUUCCUGGAUCUCAGAGACUUUACAGACGGCAACGUUGUUUGAGGAUUCAUCAGAGCAAAUUUUAUGAAGUAACCAUUUGAUAUUUCAUAAGGAAAAUCCAUCCUGCAAGUUUAUUUUGUGUUGCUACACAAUAAAAUAUCGUUUACACCUUU